UAACAUAAAGCUCGAGGUCAGGACUUUCACCGGAAUUGGUUACCGAGCCGGCGUCUCCUUAAUAAGCCUGCCUAUUUCCACCCUCUCCACACUAUCAGCCUGCAACCUCUUCCCAACUACCCACUGAAGCAUUUGCAGCUACUGGAUGAAGUAUGAGCUAGUGUUGCAGUAUACAGCGAAGUUUAACUGUGUGGGGAUUGUACCAGACGACUAAGACGCAUGCUGCUGCCAGAGUCGACGGCGACGACGUGCAGACAACGACCUACCUACAUCUACUCCUGGAUGCUGGAGGACCGCAUAAACAUUGGACUUCGUAUACAACUGCGUGUGUGCCGCAUCAUCAGCGGCUUUCGUCAACAAGCACCAAUGGUUGGUGCUGCGGAACUGGAGCGUGUUGCACGCUCCCUGUGGGGCAAUUAGAAGCAGGUAACCAGACUGAG